GAAUCAGAACAAUGACUGCGCCGCCGGGUCCCCGGGAGCGCAUCGGAGGACUGUGAGCAGCCGCCGCCGAGAGAGCUGCGGGCGGCGCAGUGUCAACGCUGGGCUCAGGAGCCUCCAGCGCAGAUCCUGCCCAGCGCCCGUAGCCCACGCGAAGCCCCCGGGCUCCGGCGCUGCAGCGCUGCUCGGGGACUGUGCAUUGUUGUGAACCGGAGAAGGGGCGCGGGGAUUACAAAGCCUGAAGACUCCGGAGCCCCUUUAGCCAUGUGGAUACCUACGGAGCACGAGAAAUACGGCGUGGUUAUUGCCAGUUUCCGAGGAACUGUUCCAUAUGGCCUGUCAUUGGAAAUUGGAGAUACAGUUCAGAUCCUGGAGAAGUGUGAUGGCUGGUACAGAGGAUUUGCCUUAAAAAACCCAAAUAUCAAGGGUAUAUUUCCUUCCAGCUACGUUCACUUGAAAAAUGCCUGUGUGAAGAACAAAGGACAAUUUGAAAUGGUUAUUCCCACUGAAGACUCUGUUAUCACAGAAAUGACAUCAACAUUAAGAGACUGGGGAACCAUGUGGAAACAACUCUAUGUGCGAAAUGAAGGCGAUCUCUUCCACCGGCUGUGGCACAUCAUGAAUGAAAUCCUGGACCUGCGGCGGCAGGUGCUGGUGGGCCACCUCACCCACGACCGGAUGAAGGACGUGAAGCGCCACAUUACUGCCCGCCUUGACUGGGGCAAUGAACAACUGGGACUGGACUUGGUGCCUAGGAAAGAGUAUGCAAUGGUGGAUCCAGAAGACAUCAGCAUUACUGAGCUCUACCGAUUGAUGGAACAUCGACAUCGGAAGAAGGACACCCCGGUACAGGCCAGCAGUCACCACCUCUUUGUCCAGAUGAAGAGCCUCAUGUGUUCCAACCUGGGAGAGGAGCUGGAGGUCAUCUUCUCACUCUUUGACAGUAAAGAGAACCGACCAAUCAGUGAGAGAUUUUUCUUGAGGCUGAAUAGAAACGGGCUUCCCAAAGCCCCUGAUAAACCGGAACGACAUUGCUCCCUCUUUGUGGAUUUGGGUAGCAGUGAGCUAAGAAAGGACAUCUAUAUCACCGUGCACAUUAUCCGAAUCGGUCGAAUGGGAGCAGGAGAAAAAAAGAAUGCCUGUAGUGUCCAGUACCGACGACCCUUUGGCUGUGCAGUUCUCAGCAUUGCUGACCUGUUAACAGGAGAGACAAAGGAUGACCUCAUUCUGAAAGUGUACAUGUGUAACACAGAGAGUGAGUGGUACCAAAUCCAUGAGAACAUCAUUAAAAAGCUGAAUGCACGUUAUAACUUGACUGGCUCCAAUGCAGGUUUAGCAGUUUCCUUACAGCUAUUGCACGGAGACAUUGAACAAAUCAGAAGAGAAUAUUCAUCAGUAUUUUCUCAUGGAGUAUCCAUAACGAGAAAGCUGGGAUUUUCAAAUAUUAUUAUGCCUGGUGAAAUGAGGAAUGAUUUAUAUAUCACUAUUGAAAGGGGAGAAUUUGAGAAAGGAGGGAAGAGCGUGGCCAGAAAUGUGGAAGUUACGAUGUUCAUUAUAGACAGCAGUGGCCAAACCCUGAAGGAUUUUAUCUCCUUCGGCUCUGGGGAGCCACCAGCCAGUGAGUACCACUCCUUUGUGCUUUAUCAUAACAACAGCCCCAGGUGGUCUGAACUGCUGAAACUUCCCAUUCCCGUGGAUAAAUUCCGGGGCGCACACAUCCGCUUCGAGUUUCGGCAUUGUUCCACAAAGGAGAAAGGAGAGAAGAAGUUGUUUGGGUUUUCUUUUGUCCCUCUGAUGCAAGAAGAUGGUAGGACUCUUCCAGAUGGCACUCAUGAGCUCAUCGUGCAUAAGUGUGAAGAAAACACAAACCUUCAGGAUACUACCCGCUACCUCAAACUUCCCUUUUCCAAGGGCAUUUUCCUUGGGAAUAAUAAUCAAGCCAUGAAGGCCACAAAGGAGUCUUUUUGUAUUACAUCUUUUCUCUGUUCCACAAAACUCACACAAAAUGGUGAUAUGCUUGAUCUUUUGAAAUGGAGAACUCACCCAGACAAGAUCACUGGCUGUCUCUCUAAAUUAAAAGAAAUCGAUGGCUCAGAGAUAGUAAAGUUUCUGCAGGAUACACUGGAUACCUUAUUUGGAAUUUUAGAUGAAAAUUCCCAAAAAUAUGGGUCUAAAGUGUUUGAUUCUUUGGUUCACAUAAUAAAUUUGCUGCAAGAUAGCAAAUUUCAUCAUUUUAAACCUGUAAUGGACACUUAUAUUGAGAGUCAUUUUGCUGGGGCACUUGCAUACAGAGAUCUCAUCAAAGUGCUCAAAUGGUAUGUGGACCGGAUCACAGAAGCAGAGCGGCAAGAGCAUAUCCAGGAGGUGCUGAAGGCACAAGAAUACAUUUUUAAGUAUAUAGUUCAAUCUCGAAGGCUGUUUUCCCUUGCCACUGGUGGGCAAAACGAAGAGGAAUUCCGCUGCUGCAUUCAGGAGCUUCUCAUGUCGGUCCGUUUCUUUCUUUCACAAGAGAGCAAAGGGUCUGGAGCAUUAUCUCAGUCACAGGCUGUGUUUCUGAGCUCUUUCCCCGCCGUGUACUCAGAACUGUUGAAGCUCUUUGAUGUCCGGGAAGUGGCUAACUUGGUCCAGGACACUCUGGGCAGUCUGCCGACCAUCCUGCACGUGGAUGAUUCCCUGCAGGCCAUCAAACUGCAGUGCAUUGGCAAAACCGUGGAAAGCCAACUUUAUACCAACCCAGAUUCCCGAUACAUUCUUCUGCCUGUCGUGUUACAUCACCUCCACAUUCACUUGCAAGAACAGAAGGACCUGAUCAUGUGUGCACGUAUCCUUAGCAACGUAUUUUGUCUCAUCAAGAAAAAUAGCUCAGAAAAAUCUGUGCUGGAGGAAAUAGAUGUGAUAGUGGCCAGCUUGCUGGAUAUUCUGCUGAGGACCAUAUUGGAGAUCACCAGCCGACCUCAGCCGUCCAGCUCAGCAAUGCGGUUCCAGUUCCAGGAUGUCACUGGGGAAUUUGUUGCUUGUCUCCUGUCCCUAUUACGACAAAUGACUGAUAGACAUUAUCAACAGCUUCUUGAUAGUUUCAAUACGAAAGAAGAACUAAGGGAUUUCCUGCUGCAGAUAUUUACUGUGUUCCGAAUAUUGAUACGCCCAGAGAUGUUUCCAAAGGACUGGACUGUUAUGCGCUUGGUUGCUAACAAUGUUAUUAUUACAACAGUUCUGUACCUCUCAGAUGCACUUCGUAAGAACUUCUUAAAUGAAAACUUUGAUUAUAAGAUCUGGGAUUCCUACUUUUAUCUCGCAGUCAUUUUUAUAAACCAGUUGUGUCUGCAGUUGGAGAUGUUCACACCUUCCAAGAAGAAAAAGGUGUUAGAAAAGUAUGGUGACAUGCGGGUAACAAUGGGUUGUGAAAUUUUCAGCAUGUGGCAAAACCUGGGCGAGCACAAGCUUCAUUUUAUCCCUGCCCUGAUUGGCCCCUUCCUAGAAGUGACCUUGAUACCCCAGCCAGAUCUUCGGAAUGUCAUGAUUCCAAUUUUUCAUGAUAUGAUGGACUGGGAGCAGAGGCGGAGUGGCAACUUUAAACAGGUGGAAGCCAAGCUAAUUGACAAACUGGAUAGCCUGAUGUCAGAAGGCAAAGGUGACGAAACAUACCGCGAGCUCUUCAACAGUAUUCUACUAAAGAAAAUUGAGCGGGAAACAUGGCGGGAAAGUGGUGUUUCAUUAAUUGCUACUGUAACUCGUCUAAUGGAGAGGUUGUUAGAUUACAGGGACUGCAUGAAAAUGGGAGAGGUAGAUGGCAAAAAGAUUGGCUGCACAGUUAGCCUUCUGAACUUCUAUAAGACUGAACUGAACAAGGAGGAGAUGUACAUACGCUACAUUCACAAACUCUAUGAUCUGCAUCUCAAAGCACAGAACUUUACAGAAGCUGCAUAUACCCUCCUCUUAUAUGAUGAGCUACUGGAAUGGUCUGAUCGGCCCCUCAGGGAGUUCCUGACCUACCCCAUGCAAACAGAAUGGCAGCGCAAAGAGCACCUGCACCUCACCAUCAUCCAGAACUUUGACAGAGGCAAAUGUUGGGAGAAUGGCAUUAUCUUGUGCCGGAAGAUUGCAGAGCAGUAUGAGAGUUACUAUGACUACAGAAACCUGAGCAAGAUGCGGAUGAUGGAAGCCUCUUUGUAUGACAAAAUUAUGGACCAGCAGCGUCUUGAACCAGAGUUCUUCAGGGUUGGAUUUUAUGGAAAAAAAUUUCCAUUUUUCUUAAGAAAUAAGGAGUUUGUGUGUCGAGGGCAUGACUACGAGAGGCUGGAAGCCUUCCAACAGAGAAUGCUGAACGAGUUCCCCCACGCCAUCGCCAUGCAGCAUGCCAACCAGCCCGAUGAGACCAUCUUCCAGGCAGAAGCUCAGUAUUUGCAGAUAUAUGCUGUGACUCCCAUUCCGGAGAGCCAGGAGGUCCUGCAGAGAGAGGGUGUUCCGGACAACAUCAAAAGUUUCUAUAAAGUGAAUCACAUCUGGAAAUUCCGCUAUGACCGACCAUUUCACAAAGGCACAAAAGAUAAAGAGAAUGAAUUCAAGAGUCUCUGGGUGGAGAGAACGUCAUUAUACUUGGUGCAGAGUUUGCCUGGCAUUUCUCGCUGGUUUGAAGUGGAAAAACGUGAAGUGGUAGAAAUGAGUCCUCUGGAAAAUGCAAUUGAAGUGCUGGAAAAUAAGAAUCAGCAACUGAAGACUCUGAUUAGUCAGUGUCAGACAAGACAGAUGCAGAAUAUUAAUCCCCUGACGAUGUGCCUGAAUGGAGUUAUAGAUGCUGCAGUUAAUGGUGGUGUUUCCAGGUACCAAGAGGCAUUCUUUGUCAAAGAAUAUAUCUUAAGUCACCCUGAAGAUGGGGAGAAAAUUGCACGAUUGAGAGAGCUGAUGCUUGAGCAGGCACAGAUUCUGGAAUUUGGUUUGGCCGUGCAUGAGAAGUUUGUACCUCAAGAUAUGAGACCCCUUCACAAAAAGCUGGUCGACCAAUUCUUUGUGAUGAAGUCGAGCUUAGGGAUACAGGAGUUCUCUGCUUGUAUGCAAGCCAGUCCUGUCCAUUUUCCUAAUGGAAGCCCUCGUGUGUGUAGAAACUCAGCACCUGCCUCUGUGAGCCCAGAUGGUACCAGGGUAAUUCCUAGACGCAGCCCAUUAAGUUACCCAGCUGUCAACCGAUACUCUUCCUCCUCACUGUCCUCACAAGCUUCUGCUGAAGUAAGCAAUAUUACAGGGCAAUCAGAAAGCUCUGAUGAAGUCUUUAACAUGCAGCCAAGUCCAUCUACCUCAAGCUUGAGUUCUACUCACUCGGCUUCACCUAAUGUGACAAGUUCUGCUCCAUCGAGUGCCAGAGCUUCUCCUUUGUUGUCUGACAAACACAAACAUUCCCGAGAAAACUCUUGCCUGUCCCCAAGAGAGAGACCAUGCAGUGCCAUCUAUCCAACACCCGUGGAGCCUUCGCAGAGGAUGCUGUUUAAUCAUAUUGGAGACGGGGCCUUGCCACGCAGUGACCCAAAUCUCUCUGCACCUGAAAAAGCUGUGAACCCCACCCCUAGCAGCUGGAGCCUGGACAGUGGGAAGGAAGCCAAGAACAUGUCGGAUAGUGGGAAACUUAUCUCUCCCCCUGUCCCUCCAAGACCCACACAGACUGCUUCACCAGCAAGACACACGACAUCAGUAUCCCCCUCGCCUGCCGGGCGAUCUCCAUUGAAGGGCUCUGUGCAGUCUUUUACCCCCUCUCCGGUGGAGUACCACUCACCAGGACUCAUCUCCAACUCCCCCGUCUUGUCGGGCAGCUACAGCAGUGGGAUUUCUUCUCUCAGCCGGUGCAGCACGUCGGAAACCUCAGGCUUUGAAAAUCAGGUGAAUGAACAGUCGGUCCCCCUGCCGGUGCCGGUGCCGAUGCCGGUGCCGGUGCCUGUGCCUGUACCUGUGCCGAGCUACGGCGGGGAGGAGCCGGUGCGCAAGGAGAACAAGACCCCGCCCCCGUACAGCGUCUACGAGCGGACUCUGCGGCGCCCUGUCCCGCUACCUCACAGCCUCUCCAUCCCCGUCACGCCCGAGCCGCCCGCGCUGCCCCCCAAGCCUCUGGCAGCGCGAUCCAGCCACCUGGAGAAUGGGGCCCGGAGGACUGACCCCGGCCCACGGCCCAGGCCCCUGCCCCGCAAGGUCUCUCAGUUAUAAGUCACUUUUCUAUGUACCUGCGAUGCAUUCUUUGCCCGUUUACAAAAUAAGAAGUAUGAUGAGAAGACAUUUAGUGUAGGCACUUUAAUAACUUACUCAGAUCCUUCGAUGAAUGGAAUUAAAACUUGCUUAUUAAUAUCAUGUUGCACAAUAUUAAAAGUUGCUGAUCUAAAACGCCAGAUGUUAAAUGAAGUAUGGCUGAAUUUCAUUAAAACGUUUCUCAUUUGAAAGUGGUAAAUAGUGAUAAAGACUCCUUUUGUACCUUUUUAUGUUCACUUUUUUUAAUAUAGUUUAAUCUUAAAACCAAUACGAUAUUGUCAGACAAUACAAUGUGUGACAAUGUUGUAUCCUUUUUACUGAAUACUUGAUACUUGGAGAAAGCUUAAGUCAGUGUACAUCCUAACACAGUGGUCCUUAUUUUAGAAGACUUCUGUAAAUAAGGCAAGGAUUUUGGCUCUUCCCCUGAGCAGAUUAUCAGUGCAGAUCAUCAGAAUUAAAGUUCAAGCAGGUGAGCAAGACAGUAUACUUAAAGGGUUGCAAGGAUUGGGACUGGAAAUUGUUUUGUUCUUGAAACAAAAUGCUUCUUUAAGGUUGCUUUUGCUGUUUGACUGCUGUCUACAUUCUUAAAAUGCUAUUUCGCGAAUUGGUUGCUAAAUCCCUUACUACCCUGACACCAUGGUAUCUACUGUAUUUCUUUUCAAGGUGCAAUUUGCUUCAGAGUUCCAAUCAGCUAGAUUAAGCAAGAGACUCCAGAAGAAAUGUUUACUUGAAUUUUGCGCUUCCUCUCUUGAUAGUUUCCUAUAUAAAAUUUGUCAUUGAACAAGAGCAAGCGCUCAAGUAUUAAAGAGGCACAAAUGACUGUGCCCCAUUAGCAAGAAUUCAGGAAUCAAUACAGGACAGUAUUAAAUUAAUAGCUUAAGUGAAGAAAAAAAACUUAGUGAAAAUGUAUUAGCAUGAUUAAAUGGCAAAAGGACUUAUCAAAGGCAAGGGCAUUAACUUUCAAUCCUGCACAAAAUAAAAAAUUCCUCACGACUCUCCACUUUUACCAGUGGAGUUUGUCUUAGCUGACCUGUCGUCUUUCUGUUGAAGGAGGAUUGCUGUAGACUUCUCUAGCUUGAAUAUUGCAACAUAGCAUCUUAGAUCUAGGUAGGGAUGCUAAUGCCACAGUUGUAGAAGUGUGAAAAAAGCACCUUGUCUGUAGUAAUGUAUUUUAUAUCUUUGUUUUUUCUUUUACUGACUGUUUAUAACACUCAAUUGACAAUAGAUAUGAACUGUAUUUUAAAUCAUACUGUUAAAUAUUUUCCCUCUUUUGUUGGGAAGCUCAUUUUAGUUUAACCAUGUUUAUUUCGUUGGUAGCUUACCUGGAAGGCAGUGACCACUUUUUUAUAUUCUCUUAAUGAAACCAUUCAGCAGGUAUAUGCUGUUGAGGCUGGUUAUAGAGGUUUUCUAUAAUAAAUGUUCAAGUAUUUUUGUAUAUAACUGGUUAAUUUUAAUAAGAGAUACCAUUAUGUGUAAAAAAAGUAAAAAUAAAAGCAAACAGUUGUUGAUGCAGUAUGAUUGUUAUAAUUAUGCCAAAUACUUUAUGUAUGGAAAAAGAAUAUUUGUACAUAUGUGCUUUUAACAAUUCUGCCAUAUUGACUUUACAAUUUUGAAUGUCGGAAAAAUUAAUAUAUGUUAAAUAUUUAUGUUUAGUGAAAGUGUUCAUAAUUGAGAAAAGGAACAUAUGCAUUUUAGCUUUGUAUCUUGCAAGUUUUGCAGUCAGAAAUUUUUUCAACUAGCUUUUGCUUUUGAUAACACUUUGUGUCUGUAACCACAUUCAUAUAUAUACACAUAUAUAUGUGAAGCUCCAUAUUUCUGUUGCUUUAAAGAAGUAAAAACUUCCAUUUAAAUAAGAUGACAUGCAUAAGAUAACAAAGCUUCCUUGAUUUCCUUUUCCUGUGUAAUUUAAUAGAUUUGUUGACUAGUGCUUGGGCACAGUAUAAAUCAGUGUUAUUUGCUCUUGGAGCCAUUUUUUAAAAAAAAUUUUGGCAGUGAGCAGUUGAAUUUAUCUUGAAUUUAUCAUGUGUGUGUAUUUCUGAAGCAGCUACGUAGCAGAACAUUUUAAGAGAUUCUGUUAGCCCACAUGUUCAUGUUGGUUGCUGCUGAAUGGUAAAUAUUUAAUAAAAUUACCAGAUUAAUCUUAA